AUGCGACCCCGGAUCCAUGUGACCUCCGUAUGCUGCGACCCCCGGACUGAUAACCCCGGGGCGGGCAACUCUACCCGCUGCAAGUCGGACGAGCCGCGCCCCUCCCUUCUGGCGAGGAGUGGGAACCGGACCCCGACCCGGACCCAGACCCCGACCCGGACCCAGACCCCGACCCGGACCCCGACCCAGAGCCGGACCCCAUUCCAGACCCGGAGGCUGACCCCCGCCCAUUCCCCGACCCCGACCCGGAACCGUGAGCCCGACCCGCACCAGGACUGCCACCCCCGCAGGUUUCCUGAGCUUGUUUGGAGCCGGCUGGAGUCAAAAGUGCCUAACAGACUUGGAGGAGAUCCAGCCUGUCUUGGAAGAGACAGACAGAAGGAAGCCAGGAGGAAGGUCAGCCCAGUGCCUGUGUUGACUGUUUACCUUUGGGGGCAGGUGUGUGCUGACAAGAGGAAGCUUUGGUCCUGGAGAAGGUCGGCCUCCUGUUUCUUCUAGAAGUUGCUGUAACUUCUGAGGAGCUUUGAUGGCCAGCUUUGGCUAAUGGAGGCAUUUUGCUCUUGCAGUAGGUUAAACCGCCUACGGAUAACGUAUAGGAUGUGAGUAAAGCCACAGCUUUUCCGGCA